CAAUAGGGUCAAUGGGGAUCAAUAGGAUCAAUGGGGCUCAAUAGGAUCAAUGGGGAUCAAUACGGUUAAUGGGGUUCAAUGGGGAUCAAUGGGGAUCAAUAGAGUCAAUAUGGCUCAGUGGGGCUCAAUAGGAUCAAUGGGGCUCAAUGGGGAUCAAUGUUGAUCAAUAGGAUCAAUGGGGAUCAAUAGGGAUCAAUGGGUUUCAAUGGGGCCCUCUGGCCACGCCCCUUUAAGCCCCGCCCCCUUUUGGCCCCGCCCCUUUUCCAGGCCCCGCACUUUUGGCCACGCCCCCUUUUGCUCCGCCCCCUUUCUGGCUCCGCCCCUUUUUGGCCCCGCCCCCUUUUGGCUCCGCCCCUUUCUGGCCCCGCCCCCUUUCUGGCCCCGCCCCCUCCGCCCUUUACCCGGUUCCGACCCGGAACCAACAGCCCAGAACGACCAGAACCACGGACCCGGACCCGGUUCUGAGCCCAUGGACCCGGAACCGGAACCGGAACCGACCCCCGGCCCGGAGCCGGGACCAGCCGGUUCGACCCGCGGCCCCGAGGAGCCGGUACCGGAAGUUCGGUUCGGUGCCGCGGUUCCGGUUCCGGUUCCGGUCUCUUGUUGCCGUUGGUUCCUGGAGGGUCGGUGCCGGUUCGGGUCGCGCUGCCGGAACCUACAUCCGGGAUCUGCCCAACCGGAACCGGAACCGAACCGGGACGAACCGGAAACGAACCCGGAACCGGAAACGAACCGUGACGAACCGGAACCGGAAGGGAAGAAGCCGCCAUUACGCCGCGCCGCCGACGUGCUGAACCGGAUCCGUUGGGACCCGGCACUGGAGCCGGGGUUCGGUUCGGUUCAAUACCGGGACCGGUUCCGGGGCCUCGUGGAGCGGCCCAUGUCCGACCUUUACCACGGUCCGUUGUGUGACGCCGGACCCGACGAGCUGCCGGUACCGGAACAUCGGAUCCAGCGCAUCCGGUACCGGGGGAACGUCGUGUGGGACCGGAAGAACCGCAUCGAUCACGUGUUCGGAACCGGAAGCGGGGGGGAGAAAAGGGACUUGGCGGGAAACGGGGAGAGGGGUGAUGAAUAUUAAUGAGGGUGAUGAAUAUUAAUGAGGGGUGAUGGAUAUUGAUGGAGCGGUUAAUAUUGAUGGGGUUGAUGAAUAUUGAUGAGGAGAUGAUGAAAAUGAUGUGGUGAUGAAUAUUGAUGGAGCGGUUAAUAUUGAUAGGGUUGAUGAAUAUUGAUGAGGAGGUGAGUGGGGUGGUGAAUAUUGAUGAGAGGCGAUGAAUAUUAAUGAGAUCGCGAUGAAUAUUAAUGAGGAGACGAUGAGUAUUUGUGGGGUGUGAUGAAUAUUGAUGAGAGACGAUGAGUAUUAAUGAACCGCGAUGAAUAUUGAUGAGGAGGUGGUAAAUAUUGAUGGUGGAUGAUGAAUAUUAAUGAGGGUGAUGAAUAUUAACGAUGGAGGCUUAAUAUGUAUGAAUGAAUAUUGAUGCGUAUUGGUGAAUAUGAUUGGUAUUAAUGAGCAUUAGCGAAUAUUAAUGAGCGGUGAUGAAUAUUCAUCACAGAUAACGGAUAUUAAUGAGCGUUUAUGCCUAUUAAUGAGCGUUAUUUAUGAGCGACUGGUGAAUAUUAAUGAGUGUUAGUGAAUAUUCAUGAGCGUCGAUGGAUAUCAAUGAGGAUUGAUGAAUAUUAAGCCGUAUUGAUGAUCAUUAGUGAUCCCUGGAUAUGAAUAUUGAUGAGCAAUGAUGGAUGUUGAUGAGAAAUGAUGAAUAUUUGUGAAUAUUAAUGAGCUAACGUAUUAAUAUUAAUAUAUUUGUGAAUAUUAA